AUGGGCUUUCUACUGGGAGGCGGCUCUGAAAAACGUGUCUGGCUAGCAGUUUGGAUGCCGGUCGGAUUGACUUGGGCGACACAAAUAGACCUUGAUUUGAACUUCAGGAGGUCUUCGAUAUUGGACGUGCCAGCAAUACGACGCGGGCCGAGACUUCGCGGUCUUGAUGAUGUGGCGGGCCGAGCUGGAUGUGAAUGGGAGGUGAUCAGACUAGAUGAUGCGGUCCUUACUAAAUGCGGAGAUGGGCUAUGGGCGGUCUUUGCAUAG